AUGUCCGGGGCAGACAUCAAGCCUGCUGAGCAGGUCAAGAACGAAGUCCCUACCCUCAAAGAGCUCAAGGAUGCAAUUCCCAAAGAUUGCUUCGAGUCCUCACUUCCGCACUCCCUCCUCUACCUGGCGCGGGACAUUCUCUACUGCGCAGCUCUGAUCUACGCCGCGCUGCACAUUCACCUCAUCCCUUCCCUGCCUUUGCGCGCUGUGGCCUGGGCAACAUACACCUUCUUCCAAGGAUGUGUGGGAACUGGACUCUGGAUUCUGGCCCAUGAGUGCGGCCACGGUGCCUUCUCCAAGCACCAGACCGUGAACAACUUCAUUGGCUGGGCUGCACACUCGUUCCUGAUGGUUCCCUACUUCUCAUGGCAGAUUACCCAUGCGCGCCACCACCGCUACACCGGCCACAUGGAAAAGGACACUGUCUUUGUCCCGUGGACUGACAAGGAUUUGGCAUCAAAGAAGAACUUGAAGAUCGAGCAGCUGAAGCACCUUGCCGAGGAGACCCCGAUUGUCUCCUUCAUGCAGCUUAUCGGCCACCAAUUGAUGGGAUGGCAGCUGUAUCUGUUCCUCAACGUUACCGCGGGUACUCAGAGCGGACCCGAGGAUAAGGGCAAGAUCGCAUAUGCAAGCCACUACAACCCCUCCAGUGCUCUCUUCACGCCUUCGCAGUGGAUCUUGAUCGCUUACUCCGAUCUCGGUCUGCUGAUCAUGGGUUCCAUCGUGUACUACUUCAGCACCAUCAUCGGCGGAUGGAACAUGUUCCUGCUCUACGUUGUCCCCUACCUCUGGGUCCACCACUGGCUGAUUGCCAUCACAUACCUUCAGCACACCCACCCCGCUGUUCCCCACUACACCCCCGAGGCCUGGACCUACACCAAGGGCGCAUUGGCUACCAUCGAUCGCACCACAGGCUUCAUCGGCCGUCACUUCUUCCACGAAAUCAUCGACUACCACGUCGUCCACCACCUCUUCAGUCGCAUUCCUUUCUACCACGCAGAGCGUGCCACCAAGGCAAUUCAGCCUUUGCUCGGCGAAAACUACCACGAAGAGAAGGAGGAGAGCUUCCUCUACUCCCUGAUGAUGACCUUCCGCAAGUGCAUUUACGUGUCCGAGAACAGUCGCCCUGGCGCGCAGCCAGGUGUGCUUCACUUUGUGCUGGGCGAUGAGAGCAAAUGA